CUGUAUCUGACAGGAACCUGAGGGGCUGGCCCGGGAGGGUUUUGGGGCCCGGCUUCCUGAAGGGAGGAUGGGCUAAGGCAGGCACACAGUGCCGGAGAAGAUGCCCUCCUGGGCCCUCUUGAUGAUCACCUCCUGCCUCUUCCUGGCCCCCCAAAACCCAGCACAAGUCACCAACCAAGAUGCUUCCUUACUGGCCUCGGACUCGGAGCCCCUGAAUUGUUUUUCUCGAACAUUUGAGGACCUCACUUGCUUCUGGGAUGAGGAAGAGACAGCACCCAGUGGAAUAUACCAGCUGCUGUAUGCCUACCCAGGGGAGGAGCCCCGUGCCUGCCCCCUGAGUUCCCAGAGUGUGCCCCCCUUUGGAACCCGAUACGUGUGCCAGUUUCCAGCCCAAGAUGAAGUUCGCCUCUUCUUUCCGCUGCACCUCUGGGUGAAGCAUGUGUUCCUGAACCAGAAUCUGACCCAGCGGGUGCUAUUUGUGGAUAGAGUGGGCCUGCCAGCUCCCCCCAGUAUCAUCAAAGCCACUGGUGGGAGCCGGCCAGGGGAACUUCAGAUCAGCUGGGAGGCCCCAGCUCCCGAAAUCAGUGAUUUCUUGAGGCACGAACUCCGCUAUGGCCCCAAGGAUCCCAGGAAUUCUACUGGUCCCACAGUCAUGCAGCUGCUGUCCACAGAAACCUGCUGCCCAGCUCUGCGGAGGCCAAACCCAGCCACAGCUCUGGACCAAUCUGCAUGUUCUCAACCUUUGAUGCCCCAAAAGGAUGGACCAGAGCAGACUUCCCCAACUAGAGAAGUUCCAUCUCUAACAGUGAUGGGUGGAAGCUGCCUCAUCUCAGGGCUCCAACCUGGGAACUCCUACUGGCUCCAGCUGCGCAGCCAACCUGAUGGGGUCUCCCUCCAAGGCUCCUGGGGACCCUGGUCCCUCCCUGCAACCAUGGACCUGCCUGGGGAUGCAGUGGAAAUUGGACUGCAAUGCUUUACUCUGGACUUGAAGAAUGUCACCUGUCAGUGGCAGCAACAGGACCAUGCUAGCUCCCAAGGGUUCUUCUAUCACAGCAGGCCACAGUGCUGCCCGAGAGACAGGGACCCCAUCUGGGAGAAGUGUGAAGAGGAGGAGAAAAAUCCAGAAUUACAGCCCUCCCAGUUCACCCGCUGCCAUUUCAAGUCACGAAAUGACAGUGUGAUUCAUAUCCUUGUGGAGGUGACCACAGCCCAGGGUGCUUUUCACAGUUUCCUGGGGUCCCCUUUCUGGAUCCAUCAGGCUGUGCUCAUCCCCACUCCCAAUUUGCAUUGGAGGGAGGUCUCCAGUGGGCAGCUGGAAUUGGAAUGGCAGCACCCAUCAUCCUGGGCAGCCCAAGAGACCUGCUAUCAGCUCCGAUACACAGGAGAAGGACAUCAGGACUGGAAGGUGCUGGAGCCGCCUCUCGGGGCGCAGGGAGAGACUCUGGAGCUGCGCCCGCGCUCCCGCUACCGUUUACAGCUGCGCGCCAGGCUCCACGGCCCCACCUACCAAGGCCCCUGGAGCGCCUGGUCAGACCCAGUGAGGCUGGAGACCGCUUCCGAGAUGGCCUGGAUCUCCUUGGUGACCGCUCUGCUACUGGUGUUGGGCCUCAGCGCCCUCCUGGGCCUGCUGCUGCUGAGGUGGCAGUUUCUUGAGCACUACAGGAGCUUGAGGCAUGCCCUGUGGCCCUCACUUCCAGACCUGCACCGGGUCCUAGGCCAGUACCUUAGGGAUACUGCAGCCUUGAGUCUGCCCAAGGCUGCCGUCUCAGAUGCCUAUGAGGAAGUGGAACCCAGCCUCCUUGAAAUUCUACCUAAGUCCUCAGAGAAGACUCCCUUGCCCCUAUGUUCCUCCCAGGCCCAGAUAGACUACCGAGGAUUACAGCCCUCUUGCUUGGGGACCAUACCCCUGUCUGUGUGCCCACCUGUAGCUGAGAUGGGGUCCUACUGUACCACUCACAUUGCCAACCAUUCCUACUUACCUUUGACCUGUUGGCAGGCCCCUCACUCCCAGUACCCUGGACAGGUCCAAACCCUCUAGACCUUUCUUCCCAACCUCUCUACCCACUCCACCCCACCCCCAUACCAUAUACAUCUCGGACCUCAUUUCCAUCCCCCUUGUUGAUCCUCAUAGCUGGAAUUCAUGACACUGAUCUUUCAGUACCGCUGACAUAAAGCCAGGACUCUAUUACCUUAGGCAAAGUUCACUUGACUAAGCUCCUCUAAAUCCCACCUUCUUUCUCCUCUUUAAUGCCAAAUUCUUCACUUCCUCACUUCUCAUUUGCUCUUCGGACUAUUUCAAUUAGUUCCCCUACUACCACUUUGCUAAUGAAUCUGCUCAGGCAAAGUUCACCUCAAACUUUCUAAUUGUAAGACCCAAUAGGAUCUUGUUAACCCAAUCUCUCUGUGGAUUUGUCAUGUGACUACCUGUUUCUCCUUUAAAUUCUCUCCUACCUUGACUUCCAUAACAUCACUGUCUCUUCUGGCUCCUGCCUGUUUGAGUAUACUGGUAGUUAAGAAUGUAAACUCUGGAGUCAGCACUGGGUUCAAUUCCUGUCAACCCACUUACUAUCUGUGGGCAAAUAAAGUCUUUGAGUCUGUUUCCAAUCUAUAAAACAGGGGUAACAGAACCCUACAGAGUUGUGAAGAGAAUUAAUUAAGAUAAUCUAAGUAAAGCACAGUGCCUAGGAUAUAGUAAAUGUUUAACAUAUCUAAACAAUCAUUCUUGUUCUCUUACUCUGGCAUCUUCCACUCCUUAAUUAUUGCAGUCCCUCAAAAGUCCAUUCUUAACACAGUUUCCAGUUCCACCCACUUUCAUGGCCUUUACUCUAUGCUAACUAUUCCAAAGUCCUUGUCUCCAGCCCAUACUUCUACCAUAGCACCUGUCAUGCCUUAUGCAAGUAACUGUUACAGGUCUCCUGCUACUAUAUUGUGAGCUCCUUGAGGGCAAGAUGUGUGAUUUAUUUGUCUUUCCCCUCCAGCACCUAGAGUAGUGCUUGGUGCAUGGCAGUUGGCCUUCAACAAAUGUUUUCUAAAUGAAUGAAAUAUUUCUGGACACCACCAUCUUAACCCCAUGCUAACCUCCCUCAUCUUCUAAGCCAUUCAUAUACAGCAGUAAAUGUGCUUAUGCCAUUCUGGCUCCGGAUUCCUCUGACCCAUUCAAACUCUCAAACAAAUGGAUUGGUUUUUUUUGUUUGUUUCUUUCUUUCUUUUUUCUAGCUCCAAACAUACCACUGUAUCAAUCAGGGUCUUGGCAAAAAUAGAUGGCACACUCAAACUGGAUAUCUUAAUGAGAGUUUAAUAAAGAGCAUAUUUAUAAAGAUGAGGCAGGAUUUAGGAAAACCAUCAAGGAAUAGUGUAGUACCCCAGGGCUAAAAACAGCUGGGAGCUGGUUCCAUCCCUAGGCAUCAAGGAGUAAGGGGAGAGAGUGGUUACUAGAUCUGGAGAGAGCACCUGUAAGAGAAGGCUACCUGGCAGGAGCAGUAGCCUUUGGUAGAGAGAUACAGUCAACCUAUUAAGACAUGGCAGAGAGGGAGCCAGGGGAAUAAAUAGCUGAAGCUCACUCUUAUCCCAUCCUCUGAUCUAUGUAUUAAUUUGCUAGGGCUGCCGUAACAAAGUACCACAAACUUGGGGGCUUAAACAACAGAAAUGAAUUG